AUGGUCCUACAGAGCCACGACGCCCAGGAGCCGACCGGGUUUCCCGAUGUCAAAGCCCUUGCCGCCGUUGCCGUCUCCUCCUGCGCCGUCGUCGAGGACACGAAGGCGGGUACCUAUACGGAUGAGAACGCCGUCCUAGCAAGGUACGGACUCGAGAGGCGCGCCGACGGCUUCGUCAACUGGCAGCGGGACUGUGCUACGCACCCGCGGAACUGGACUACCAGACGGAAGGCGUUUGAUACCACAGUCAUCAUUCUGUUUGAGCUGUACACUACAAUUAUAAGUACAACUGGAGCCGUCGCCGCAACCGAGGCGGCUCCAGACUAUGGUCUCAGUCGUCAGGUAUCCCUGGUGGGCUUCACCCUAAUGUACCAGCUAGGCCAAGCAAUAGGCGGCUUCCUCAUCCCCCCCUUUUCCGAGCUCUUUGGCCGCCGCCUCCCCUACCUCAUCUCCUGCGCCGCUUUCUGCCUCGCGAGCCUCCUCACUGGCCUAGUCCGCGAUCCCGCAACCGUCUACGCAGGGCGUUUCGCAGCGGGGCUCGCCUCGGCCGUGCCGUCCGUCGUCAUCGCCGGCAGCGUGGAGGACAUGUUCAACACGAAGCAACGGGUCUGGAUUAUCGUCCUCUGGAACGCGGGGACAACGGUCGGCUUGUGCUUCGGCCCCGUCUACGCCGCGUAUAUUUCGCAAGCGGUCGGGUGGCGGUGGAUCUUCCACAGCGCGGCCGUCGUGACGGCGGUGCUGUUCCUGGCCAUGUUUGGGAUCAGGGAGAGCCGGCCUAGUAUCCUGCUGGGGGCCAUUAUCAAAAAGAUCCAGAGGGAGAGGACCACGAUGCGAGAACUGUCGUGGCAUAACCCGGACGAUGCGCGCGACUGGCGGGCCCUGGUCCGGAUCAGCGUUCUUCGACCGGGCAAGAUCUUGCUCACGGAGCCGUUGGUCGUUAUGGUGGCGCUCAUAUCGGCGUCGUCGUGGGGCAUGAUUUACCUUUUUACCGAGUCGCUCACCGUGGUCUACGUCUCGCUCGGGUUCACCAAGACGCAGGCGUCGUUACCGUUCCUGGCCAUCGCCGUCGGCGUCGUCUUCACGUUCCUCCCUCGUCUGUGGGAUAUGAAGGUCGUCCGAGACCGCCAACGAAAGCAGAUUCCCAUCCAGCCAGAGGACAAAAUCAUCGGCUUCGCGUUCGCCGCCCCGGCACUCGCCAUCGGGCUGGCGUGGUUCGCGUGGACGGUCCCACCCCUGGUGCCGGGCGUCCACUGGGCGGUGCCCACGGCGUCGCUCGUUCUCGUGGGCUUCGCGGUCAACGAGACGGCGCACACUUUGAGCGGCUACCUCGCGGACUCGUACCUGCUCUACUCGGCGUCGGCGUUCUCGGGUCUCGCGCUCGUGCGGGCCGUCGCGUCAGGGCUGAUGCCGCUGGUGGCGCACGAGAUGUACGCCGGGCUGAACGCGAACUACGCGGGCACGAUACUGGCAGGGCUGGCGGCCGCGUUCUGCGUGACGCCGUGGGUGUUUUUCCGGUUCAGCAAGAGGUUGAGGCAGAGGAGCCCGUUUGCGCGGUUUAGUCUGGAGACGCACUACCUGACCAACGUAGAAGAUAAUUAG